UCAGCAUGGCUGCCUUGAGGUCCUUCUUGGGAAUCCCUGGUCUGCUUCAGCUGCUGUUCCUCCUGCUUCUGCAAGGUCUGGUUGUUGGAGGACAGAACGUGGAGAUACCCCAACGUCCGGAAUCCCUGUCAGUGACAGCCGGAGAGACCCUCAAUCUGACGUGUAUCCUGACUGGGGAGAAUCUGCCAGGAGCAGUGCGGUGGUACAAAGGCCUGGACAGAAGCCAACCUCCCAUUUACAGUGAUAAAGAAGGAGCUCUGAACCGGGGGAUGAGGGUCGUCCCAGGAUCAAGCACAGACUUCAGCAUCUCCAUCCGAAACAUCCUCCCUGAAGAUGCUGGGACCUACUACUGCGUGAAGGUCACGACAGGGAACCCAGAGAGACCGCUGGCUUCGGGGAAAGGCACCGUGGUCUCUGUGAUCGAUGCUCCUAGGGCUGAGCUGAGCCUAGAGGUGGCCGCCAUUUACAAUGCCAGAAGCCAACGCGAGCACGACACCAGGUCCCUGGUGGGACAAUAA